AGGGACGAGGGAAUACCUAUCUUCCAAUAAACCAACAUCAAAUUUACUAAUAAUAGUAGUACCGUGAGAAAGAAAGAGGAGAACAAAGUUCAUAGUAGUAGUCUGCAAUAUGGUGUCCAACAUGGGAAUAUUCUUGGUUUUUCUACUCUCAGUUACCUUGCUUGCAAGCCCCAUAGAUGGGAGAAAAGGCCCAGAAAAAUACUGGAUAGAGGUAAUGAAGGGGCAGCCCAUGCCUGAAGCAAUUAAAGUUUAUGUAAAUGAAGGCUCAAAUGAAGUCAGUGAGAAGAGAAAUACGCUCAAAGAUAAUAGUGAUGACUUUGAUACAACACCUAAUGUCACCAUAUACCAUGAUGAUGCUGAUUCAUUAGAAGUGAGCAAGAAUAAGGCAGAUUGCAACUCACAACAUGAGGGCCUAUCAUCUAAGAAGUUGAUUGUUAAUGACUUUAAACCAAGGCCCAGUAUCUCCACUUAUAAUGAUUAAGUGUUUAACUUUAAUGUGUGCUUUAUUUGCAUUUACAAGCAUUUCAAGCUUUAAGGUAUGUUGCAUGUGUAUUUUCCUCCUUUUGAAUAAGUGCUAAAGUUUGUCUAUCUAUCUAAUAAAAAGGUGUCUUGUGCGUUUUACUUCCUUCUUUGGGGCUCUGACUGUGUAAGAGUUUCUAUUUAAUUCCCUUCUUUGAAAUUUAGGUUUUAGAAAUUGUAAUAAUAUAUUUUCAUCGAUAUAUAAGAAAAAAAACUUAUGCGUG